UUUGAAGUCACGUGACCGUAAACGCCAUCUUGGAUUUGAGCCACGAGGUUUUGGUGAGAAAAAUAUAUUUACCGGGUUUAGAGAGAAGUUGGAAAUGCCUUCAAGUAAUCCCUUACCUCCCAAAGAAAAUGCUUUAUUCAAACGAAUUCUGAAAUGCUAUGAACAAAAACAGUACAAAAAUGGGUUGAAAUUUGCGAAGCAGAUUCUUACCAACCCAAAGUUUGCAGAACAUGGGGAGACUCUUGCUAUGAAAGGAUUAACAUUAAACUGCUUAGGUCGGAAAGAAGAAGCAUAUGAAUAUGUUAGAAGAGGUUUACGGAAUGACUUAAGAUCCCACGUUUGCUGGCACGUUUAUGGGCUACUUCAACGUUCAGACAAGAAAUACGAUGAAGCAAUCAAAUGUUACAGAAAUGCACUUAAGUGGGAGAAAGAUAAUAUUCAAAUUCUUCGGGAUUUGUCUCUGUUACAGAUUCAGAUGCGAGACCUUGAAGGUUAUCGAGACACCAGAUACCAACUUUUUAUGCUUCGUCCAACACAACGUGCCUCUUGGAUUGGCUUUGGGAUGGCGUACCAUUUGCUUAAAGAUUAUGAAAUGGCUCAGAACAUAUUGGAAACAUUUCGUAAGACACAACUGCAAAAAAGUUCAUAUGACUACGAGCAUAGUGAAUUGCUCCUGUAUCAGAACAUGGUUAUCCAAGAGUCAGGAGCACUGGAAGAAGCACUUAUCCAUCUAAAUAAAUACUCCGACCAGAUAUGUGAUAAACUUUCUGUUCUGGAAACCUGGGGUAAGCUAUACCUAGAACUGAAGCGCUACAGGGAAGCAGAGAGUAUAUACAAACAGCUGCUAAUGCGGAAUCCAGAAAACACAUCAUAUUAUAUGAAGUUGCAGGAAGCACAGCAGCUGAAGGAUCCUGAUGAUAUUCUGCGUAUGUUUGCUGGCUACCAAGAGCUUUUCCCUAGAGCACAGGCACCGAAGCGACUACCACUGAAUUAUGCUUCAGGUUCAACAUUCCGUACCAUGGUAGACAAGUACCUAAGGCAAGGUCUGCAUAAAGGAGUACCCCCUCUUUUUGUAGACCUAAGGUCACUUUAUAAAGAUCCAGAAAAGGUUGAGACCAUCCAUAAACUCGUCCUUCAAUAUGUGGAUGCUUUAAAGGCUUAUGGCCGAUUCAGUGCACAAGAUGUUGCAGAAAAUCUUCCUAAGGAGCCUGCUUCAGCCCUUUUAUGGGCAUACUAUUACUUAGCCCAGCAUUAUGACUUUUUAGGGGACACAGAAAGGGCACUUUAUUACAUUGAUGCUGCCAUUGACCAUACACCUACUCUUAUAGAACUUUUUGUAACAAAAGGUCGGAUUUACAAGCAUGGUGGAGAUGUAAUAGAGGCAUACAAGUGGCUGGAUGAAGCACAAGGGUUGGAUACAGCAGAUCGAUAUAUAAACUCCAAAUGUGCCAAGUACAUGUUGAGAGCAAACCUAAUCAAAGAAGCAGAGGAAACAUGCUCAAAAUUCACAAGGGAAGGUGUUUCAGCAAUGGAAAACUUAAAUGAAAUGCAGUGUAUGUGGUUUCAGACUGAGUGUGCUAUGGCAUACCAGAGAUUAGAGAAAUGGGGAGAGUCGCUAAAAAAAUGUCACGAAGUUGAUAGGCAUUUUUCAGAAAUUAUAGAAGACCAGUUUGACUUCCACACAUAUUGCAUGCGUAAGAUGACACUUCGUUCGUAUGUGGGGCUGCUGCGGUUAGAGGAUGUCCUGCGAUCACAUCCAUUCUACUUUAAGGCUGCUCGGUGUGCGAUUGAAGUAUACCUGCGUCUCCAUGAUAAACCACUUCAAGAUGAAACUUCCGAACAGGAAAUGAACACAGAGAACCUAGCUCCAGCAGAAUUAAAGAAGCUGCGCAACAAACAACGUAAGGCAUUACGCAAGGCUGAACGAGAGAGACAGCAGGCGGCACAAGCGCAGGAAAAGCGUGAACAGCACAACAAGUCGAGGCAGCAGGCUGCAGACGCUGGUGGCGGCGCAGGCGGCGAGCCUGAUGCGCCACCACAAGACGAAUUGGUGCCUGACAAGCUAGCACGUGCCCCAGAUCCUCUGCAGCAAGCUAUACGUUUCCUGCAGCCACUGCAACUACUUGCUGCUGAUCACAUAGAGACCCAUCUCAUGGCAUUUGAGAUAUAUUCCAGAAAACGAAAACCACUGUUGAUGCUGCAAGCAAUGAAACGUGCAUAUCGAUUGGAGCCAGAACAUCCAAAACUACACUCGUGUCUUAUUGUGGGCCAUGGACUGCUGGAGAGGUGGCAGGCCACGUUGGACCCUGCAGUUGCUACUGUGUUGCGACAGGAGAUGCUGCCAAUUUUUCGUGGACGUGAUCCUCAUCAGAUGAAUGUGCAGUUCCUUGCAGCACACUCAAAUUCCCUCCAAUCACUCAUUGAAGGUGCUAAAAUGAUGUAUCGUCUUGACCCAUCUAAACAAGAGACUGCACUAAAAUUGGUUACCAAAUUGGAUAAGGAUAUUGCUGACGUAAAUCUACAGAACUGCACAGAAGUACUUCGCCUGCUGAAGACUGGUGAGCUGGGAACCUGCCCUACGACCACACUGGCAGACUACACAGCACGUUGUCACUCUCUCUUCCCAUACGCACGUGCCUUUCGUCCUGCAGAGGCCACCAAUGCUUCAAACAACCACAUUACUGAAAACUGUGUCGGGAACAUUGUCAACUGAUGCCGGAUUGCAGCCAUUGCUUGGAGCAAUGGGAUUUCAAGUGCUACCCUCGGUAUUACUGACUGAGUGCAGACCACUCCGACAGUCCAGGUCCAGGCCUGUUGCCUGAUGUCAACUUACAGCACUAAGAAUAUGACACAUUGCUCUUUAAAUUUUAGAAUGAGCUGUCUUUUUUUUUCCAGUUUAUGCACGUGUGCGGAAUCUCCAGUACACAUUUUAAAAAUUCGUAGUUGUGUCAGUCUUUCAAAAAUGUUCAUGUAACAUUAUUUUUUGUUUGUUUUUUUAAAAAAAGAAAUAUGUAAAAAAUGUAGUUGUGGAACCAGAAGUACCCAAAAAAAGAACUUGAGUUAAACACUUAACUCUUUCAUUUAGUUCAAUUUAUUGGUCAUUGGUAAUAGUUACUUUAUUCUGUAUUUUGAGUUUCAAAUGAAGUUAUCACAGAAUCAUGAGGAGGCUGCAGCAAGAGACAUUGUCGUCAGUGAGAUCACGCCUUUGAGUGCAUCGAAACAUUAGAAGACAGCACUAGUAAACUCAUUGAAAUUUAGAGGAGGAAAUCCAUUUAAAUAAUUAUUAUAAACUGAGUGACAUUUCAUAGUUAAGAAAAUGUUUGGCUAUCAAGCAUUUAUUCAUUGUAUUUCAUCAUUUUAAAAAUGCAUAGUGCCUGACUUCCAGAAAUUGUAUUGAAGCAGCAAAAGUAGAGCAGAGACUUGUCUUGCCAUCAAGACUGUAGAUAUUAGUUAACAAAAUGUGGAAGUGAUACAUCAGCCCUUUUCCUUAACUUACAUUGAUGUGUCAGAGUAUCAUAUUGCCUUCUUCUCGAAGGUUGGAUGUAGCAAUAGAAUUAAUAAAUGCUGCGACAUUUACUGAACUGUUGUGUGUGUGAAAAAUCAGUGAAGCAGUCGUGAUACAAACACAGGACAUGUUGCUGAGCUCUGUAGCACUGCAGAGGAUUGUAUUUGCAACCAAAACCAGGACUUCAGCAUCAAGUAAACCCAGAUAUUCUUGGGAGUAAACUACAUAAUGUGAUCAGGAAGAGUAUCAGAGUGUGACUGUAGCUCUAGUUGUGUUGUUUUAACAGCAGCUGCUGUUGUUGAAGAUGCAAUCACAGAUUUGCUGUGGUUGUCCAUCAGGCACAAGAAUCUUCCAUCUGUUGUAUAAAGUUGUAUAACUCUGUAAUUGUUUCCUUUUAUGAGUAUGUAUAUUUUGUAAAUAUUUAUUCUGUGUUAUAUUUUAUAGGUAGUAUUUUCUGAAAUAUAUCUUUUGUUACAGACA